AUGACCUGUGGUAUACCACUCCUAACACUGCUUCCAUUUCAGGAGGAUGGAAAUGAAGACAUAGAACAGGAGCCAGAUGUGGCAAAGGAGAAGGAGCCUGCUGAGGGUUCACAAAGUGCGCCAGCAAAUACACAAACUGAACCAGAUGUUUCUGCAGCAGAAACCAGCAACCAGGUGGUGGAGGAAGCAAAAGAUGAAACACAACCCCAAGAUGAGCAACCUUCAACAAGUACACAAGAGGACAAUAAUGCUGCCUCCAGGAGUGCUGUGACUACAAAACCCGCACAAGUGAUUUUUGAUUUAGGUGAAGCUCAAAUGAAGUCAAAGUUUGAGACACCAUGGAAAAAACAUUUUCUGGAGAUAGUGGAGGCACGAGCUCAAAUAAUGCAACAGAAUAUAUUAGAGAAGGAUAAACUGAAGAAGGAGCUAGAAAAAAAGACAGCACAAAAGCUCCCUAAGGAUAACUUGGCCAAAGAGUGGCUUAAUACUGAAAACAUGACAGUGAGUACCCGUGCAUAUUUGCUGGACAAACUUCUGCCCACUUUGGUUCCAGGAGUAGAACAAAUGUUAAUGCAACUCGAAAAGAAGAAGCUUUUGACCAAAGAAGACAUUCCAACCAAGUUCGACCCACUUAAUUAUUUGGGGGAAUAUUUAAUGAGAAACAAUCCUCAUUACAUCAAAGACCCAGGAAUGUCUGAUUACCAGAAGGUGAUGAGAGAUGUUACAGAACAACUAAAGAUACAUGUUCCUAAUACUAUCAGCUACAGAACACGCAAGAUGAAGGAGAGGAUUAAAGAGAAAAGGGAACAAAGAGAACAAAUGCACGCAAUCAAAGUCAAGGUGGCCAACAUGAGGAAACAAGCUCUGCAGGAACAGUUCAAUGAGUGGAUUCUAGACCCGAAAGGAAUGAUUCCUUCAGUGGUGAUUCAGAAUGUUCUUCAUGACUUUUUCCAGAAGGCAGAUUUUGGACUUAAAUCACAUCUCAAGGAAUUGGAAACAACUAAGCCAACAGAACCAGGAUUCACCCAACUACAAUUUAUAGAAUACAUCUCUUCACACAUUGAAGACUUGAAGAGUGAUGGUUUUGAAGAGCUCCUGAAGUAUCUUUGCCAUUGUGCAGAGGAGUUCCGGGAUGUCAUAAAAAGUGACAUGCGGAGACAGAUGUUUGCUGACCUCUUCCUAAAGUGUGAUAAUGGAAAGGUGAUGGCUUUGAAUCGGCAGAGGACAUUGACCUUGCUGGAAGCAUUCUAUGACCAAAGUUCAAAAACACUAAGGAGUGUACUCCGGAACCCAAGACAAUGGCCAUUUGUUGAAUUUGAAGAGAUAGAGUUGUCUGAGUUCUGGGGAGACACAGACGCUCAGAAACACAUUUAUGAAGACUUCGAUAAAAUUCUCCUAAAGAGUACCGCAGAACUUUCUGGAAAACCUGAUGACAAACCCCAAGAGGUAUCAGAAAACCCUGAAGAUCAAAUGGGAAAAUCAGCAUCAUCAACCCUGUCACAAAAGUCACCAAGAAUUUCAACUGAUGAACAAAGCAGAGAGCCACCCACAGGGUCAGUAACAGAGCAAGGAGAGAGCAAAGAACAGAGAGCCCGCAGAGAUUCCUCGGCACCCAUCACGGGCCAGGUGCCCCGCAAAGGGUCGGUGCAAAAACGCAGAGCAUCGCGCAGAGGAUCAGCUUUGGAGCAAAAAUCAAAGAGAGGGUCAAUUGCAGAGCAAGGGGGCCGCAGAGACUCAAGACAGCGAAGGUCAACUGCUGAAUGGGAAUCACUCAAUGCCCCAACCAUAGAACAAGAAGCAUACCCAGAGUCAACUGAAGAGCAAGAGGCGACGGUGGAAACAGAACCGCGGAGAGAGUCGACCUCAGGGCGGGAACACCGCAGACAGUCAACAGCAGAGCCACGAUCCCGCAGGAGGUCUAGCACAGACCCUCGCAAGAUGUCACAGCCAGAACUGGAAUCGCGCAAAGGCUCCCUAUCAGGUCGGAGACGGCGCCAAGGAUCGACAGCAUCAGAUCAGCACGAAAGGCCAGGAGUGUCAGCUUUAGAGAACGGGGAACGUAAAGAGUCGAUACAGGAAGAGCCGGGGUCGGAGGAAGAAUGGAAGCCACCCCCAGACACAGACACAAUCCCAGAGGCAGUCGCAGACUCCAUCGCAGACUCCAUCGCAGACUCAAUCCCAGACACACUCCCAGAAGCACAGGAAGAAGACUCAGCCUCGCAACCUGCAGAAAGGAGUAGCAGCUUAGAAAAAAGUACCGAAUCCAGGAAGGUGUCCCAGACGGAAUACACCACAGUUGCAUCAGAAGAAGAGAGGUCUUUGGAACAAACAGUCGAACCCCAGAGUCCUGAACAGUCAGAGGAAGUUUCCACAUCGAAUGGGAAAAGCCUUCUUGCAGACGACAAUUUAGUUCUACAAACUCAACUUCCUGAAACGACAAAAAAGGAGUCUCAGAAAGACAAAGCUUGUGAACCAAAGCCUCAAAACAUAGAAGGAAGAUCAUGGACAGGUGAAUUUUUCACAUGUAAGUGGAGGAUGAAGUAUGCCAAAUCUGAAUAUGAGGAACAGGCAGAUAUAAUCUAUGGUGACGCUAGGUUCACAGACCUACACUCAAUUAUCAGGAAUAUUCAGUCUUAUAAGGAAAUAAAAGGUAGGAGGGCCUUCAAUGCAGCUUCCUUCAAUCUUAUCCAAUUUGUGCAACUCCUGGAGACAUUUGUCGGUGAAGAUACUCCCUUGAGUGUCAGCAGUGACCUCGCCUCCUUUUUUCAGAAAGGCUAUGUUGAAACCAAAAAAGAAAAAAUGGAUGCCUUAGAAAAGUUUAGACAAGAUGUUUUCAGAAUCCGACAGGGAUUUCUCCUAGAAGCUCUCUUUCAAAAGUGGGACAGUGAUGGCUCUGGCUUUCUGGAUCUGAAUGAAAUUGAUGAACUCCUGUAUACAUACAAGGAAGGAAUGGAAAGAGAAUCUAUGAAGAAAGCUAAACUGUACAUGCAAUUUCCAAAGCCAAACUUUGAUCAGGAAAUAAAGCUGUCUUCAAAACAAUUUCAGAAUUACAUAGAAUUGGUUGUAUCUGAACUCAGGGGCAAUGGAGAUGAAGUUCUGGAAAAUGUUGUGGAAUUUCUGAUGAAUUCUUUAGAGAGGACCCAUACUGAGGGUCUGAGGAAUUGUGCAAGACAGAAAUGGCUAUAUCAAAUCCAACAUGCUGCAGAGACAAGUGGAGUGUCCCUGGAGCCAGUAUAUACUGUAACCUUUAAGGCUCUCACCCAGGAUGCUGAAGUCCAUGGAAGUAAGAAGAUCAGUGCUCACAUUUCCCUCUUGGAGGAAAAUCUGCUACUGCCAGAUAGAGGAAAUGUCCUCUUGAGGAAUGUGGCUUGUACCCUAGAUGACGCUCCCUUUGUACUGAACAGAGUGCUCUACAGGGACAUGAAGGGAAUCAGCUUUACAGUAGUGGAUAAAGGCAGGCCAAUCCAUGUCCCCCAAGUCCAGCACCAUGGAAACAUCUACUUCUGGAACAAAUCCCGCAAAAUGAAUGAACACAAAGGGUCAUUCCUGGCUCUACCUCUUCAGGAUGCAUACAUGAGGAUUUUUGGUGUCCUGGCAGUCGAUACUCUAAGAGAUCCCCAGGAAAUAAGCGUCUUCCUACCUCAUGAGAUCAGGUUCUAUCAGGGUGUUGCCAAUGCUUUUAGCGCUGCCUAUCACUAUGUUCACAGCAGGGAGCACAUCCUGCACAUUGUGGCCACUGGCAUUAAGUGGCUCUUCAACAUCACAUCUGGCAUCAGCUCCAUCACUACAUGCUUUGUUGAGCCUACCUCAGACCUGGAGGACUAUGUUUUGCGUACCAUGAUGGUUACAGAGCAUUUGGGUCAGACAAAAGUCUACACAGAACCCCCUACCAUCGUCAGGAAGUCAUGUAUCUUCAGAGACUUCCUCUUUAAGUGUACAGAUACUUCAGAAGUUGUCUUGGCCUCUGCCAGUGGAGAAACUCACAUAAUCAUUCCACUGCGAGAGAGAACAGGAAAGGCUCUGGGUAUCCUUGAUGUUAACAUUGGCCGGAGUAGGAUGUUGUUGUAUCAAGAAUAUAAAGACCUACAGAAAAUGACCAAGAUGAUCCAAGCUGCCUGCAAUGAAAUACUGGGUGAAUUCUCUGGAGACGUCAAGAAAAACUUGGUCUUAGAGAUGGAAAAGGCAGGAGAAGUCCAGAGAGCAGGAAUUCUCUUCUUCCGAGUCAUGCUGCAAGAGAUCCAGGAAGGCCUCCAGCAGCUCGACCACAUGGAGUUUGUGUCAGUACUGAUGUACGAUUACAGUGCUAUGGCAGAGAAGAAGCUGCAUGAUGACAGCGAGUUCCAGGAGAUGGACGCCAACAUCAAGCUAGUGCAUGACAUCCUGAGGGGGGUCAUCUUGUUCUUUCACUCACCCAGGGAAUUCGCAAAUGACAUGGAUGACUGGGAAAAGUAUAAACUUAAUGUUAACAAAUAUCUAGUUAAGAGUAUUUGUGACUUUGAUCCAACUGCCAGUCAUGUGAAAGUUAAUUUACAGAUCAUUGAUAAACAAGUCAGAGGUCAUUCCCGACUGGAAGUAUGGAAAUUUGGCAAUAUUGUCAUUGAACUACUAUACCACUGGGUGCAUGUCUGCUCAACUCUCAUAGAGCUAAACAAAAAACAAGAUACUAUUAUACCUCCAUUGCCUGCCAAGAGUGUCAAGAAUACCUGUGAACAAGUGCCAGAGAAAAGCUAA